AGUAACUCUGACUUUCGAAAUAAUCGAGAGUGGAAUUUAUCUUAGGCUGUUCUGGACACGUGUUGCUUCUUGGCCAGCCCGAGUGUUCCACUCCAGCCACCACUCCGCGAGCUUCCCAUCGUGCACUUGAUCCACGCCAUCUUGAUCAUAAGACAGUUUUGACAUAAAGCAGACAAGUUCCCCACCCUCCCUUCACCCGCCACCCCCCCACACAACCCUUCACAAAUCGAGGAGGGCCGCCGGUCCUCCCUCUCUCGCCGCGACGCUCGUGGACGCCGGAAACACCGACCUCGCCACCUCUGUAUGCCCGGCGAGGGCUCACCACGAAGCCUCCGUACAAGCCGGGAGGAGCGAGAGGAGCGAAGCCGGCGGUGGUGGUCGUGAGGCGGUCCCUGCGACCCCCAACCACGACGCCCACACCCAGCCCGCUGAACUACCCCCUGGAGGCCCAUGUCACCUACCACGCGGCCUCCCACCCCUCCUACUACCCGAUGCAGGUGACCAAGCCUGCACGGGCGGUCCCCCAUCAAGGGGUGGGAAAGAGGGCCGCCCAGAACGCCAACCAUCACUGCCCCGAGCAAAACAUCACGCCCGCCCACACUUCCUCCCUCAACUCGCAGAUCAACCUCGCCCAGCAGCACCAUGAGCCGCAAGUCGGGCAAGAAGCCGCCGGCGGCCAAGUUUGUGUACGUGACGCCGCCCGCACCCCAGCACUGCACACAGGUACUGGCGACAAUGGUGGUGUCACUCGGGCCGCUGUGCGCCGGACUGGGUAAGGGGUACUCUUCCCCGGCGCUGGCCUCCAUGGCGAUGUUGUCCGCCCAGGGGCACCACUUCUCCAUCAGCGAGGACCAGGGCUCCUGGAUCGCCUCGCUUUCACUCUUGGGCGCCUUCUUCGGGGCGGUGCCCGGCGGGAUGGCCAUCAGGUUCGGAAGGAAGCGGGUUCUGUGUGCGAUAUCCAUCCCCUUCGCCCUGUCUUGGCUGAUGACAGUAGUGGCGUGGAACGUCAACAUGCUGUACGUGGCGGCCCUGACCGGCGGCGUAUGUUCAGCAGUCAUCGCCGUCGUCACGCCUGUCUACAUCAGCGAGAUCGCUCACCCGGAGAUCCGGGGCUGCUUGUGUGCCUUAUCCAAGCUGAGCGGCAAUAUCGGCAUGCUGCUCUCUUACCUGCUAGGCGCCUUCCUCGACUGGCGGGAGCUGGCCACGGUCACGGCGGUAGCGCCCAUCUGCCUCUUCAUCGCCGCCCUCUUCAUCCCAGAGACCCCCAGCUUCCUCCUGUACCGAGGCCGAGACACCGAGGCAGCGGACGCCCUGCGCUGGCUUCGUGGGUCGGAGGCAGACGUGGCGCGCGAACUGACCACCAUGAAGGCCAACAUCGCCACGCUGCGCAGGGAAACAGAGUCCUGCCCGGAACGCCUGGCGCCCCGCGAACUCCUCCGUCCGCUGUUUAUCACCUGCGGCCUCAUGGUCUUCCAGAAGUUCAGCGGCGCCAACGCAUUCAACUUUUAUGCAGUGCCCAUCCUGGACAAGACUUUCGUGGGUCUGAACCCUUACCGUGCAGCUGUCGUGGUGGCCUUCGUGCAGAUCUGCGCCGGCAUGGCGUCGUCAGCCCUGAUCGACACGGUGGGGCGGCGGCCGCUGCUCGUGUUCAGCAACAUGCUCAUGUCAGCGGCACUGGCAGCUUUUGGGGGCUAUACCUACCUGAAGGGUCUGGACCAGGAUGAGAACCUGUUCGUGCGGCAGCAGUGGCGAGACUCGGACUGGGUGCCGCUCUUCUGUAUCCUCAUCAUUGAGAUCGCCUUCGCGCUGGGAGUGUCGCCCAUCAGCUGGCUCUACAUCGGGGAGCUCUUUCCGCUGAAACACAGAGGCGUCGGAUCUUUCGCGGCUUCGGUCAGCUACGCGUGUUCCUUCGUCAGUGUGAAGACCUUCGUGGACCUGGAGUUCCUACUGGGACUCUACGGAGCGUUUUGGUUAUACUCCUCGGUUGCGGCCGUCGCUCUUGUGUUCACGCUCUUGUUCGUACCGGAAACGAAAGGAAAAAGUUUGCAAGAGAUGCAGGUCAUGGACACACAAAAGCAAACCCUCAUAUAGCAGCCCGCCCGCCCACUAACGCCGCUGCGACCGCCCACCGUCCACUGGGAGAUGCGUCCUGGACAGCGGCCCUACAGGGAAAUCCUCCUGUGAGUCCCGCUGUGAGGAGCCCCGAGCCUCGUGUCCGCGGCACCGCCCACGUCUUCCUGCUCCUGGUGGUCCGCCACCCACCCGCGGUGCCGCAGUGCGCGAGUCUCCUAGGCCGCAGCCACGCUAGAGGGCGGCCUCACACACCUUGUGAUAUACCCAUGCCCGCUCCCAUCAACACCCACAACUGCCCUCGUCCCCUGUCCCUGGCGGGCGCCGACCCCCUGCCUGCUGUCUGCUCAGGCAGGACGCGGGUCAUCAACUCAAGACAUCUAAGUCAUAGGUUCAAAUUGACUCUGUUCGCACUCUGUAAUUUCUACUUUUUUCCUCUCGAGUAAAGGGUUGCUUUUGCUAACUUGACUCUUCUGUGAUGCACAGCAGCUCCGGCUCUCUGUCACGCUGCGUGGAUGCGCGAAGGCCGGGGUUGUGUGGAGGAAGUUAAGUAUGUGAGUGAUAAAGGGCCUUAUCUACAUGUAUAAACAAUUGCUAGGUAGUUCCGUGAUCAGGGUUACGCAAAAUAAUCUUUUUCACCUAUCACCACCACCUUCUGUUGAGGACACGCUCAUCCCCCGGGCUGAGCCGCGUCCUGCCGCCCUCCUGUGUAUUCCCUGUUUGAGCUUUUCUCGCAUCGAGCGUAGACGAAGCGGUUACUUCUACGUUAGGACUUUCAUUACUAUUCUACCUGUAAUUUAAUCCAUCUAAACUAUAAGGUUAGAUCAGGUAAUAAUCGAUUGAUAAAAAUAAGUUAGCUUCAGACAGACACUAAUUCCUCUCUAAUCUAGUUCAGCGAUAGUUCCAGACAGUAAGGAAAAUACUCUCUCGUCUCCAGCUUAUAAGUUAGGCACUGAACACCGACUCACGGUCUCGUCUGUAGUGCAGGUAGUGAGAGCGGAUUGGAAGAUCACGUAUCAGGAGGAAGUACUGACCAGCGCAUAGCCCGUUCCCGCCCGGCGCCGGCCACGCCUCCUCCAGGGCCGAGUGGCCACGCGCCCCGCCACCUCGCUCACCACCUUCACUCAAAAGGGAUCAAAGUCUUUCCACGAGAACGAUCGCUUCACCCGCUAUUCAGGGGCCACCACGUCCUUCACGGGGUCUGGAAUCUCUGUUGUAAGUUUAAGGGACUUUUUUUUUUCUCGAGGGGGAGGGGGGUAUUUCGUAUUCUCUUUGAGCAACCAAGUGGCUUAACGUGAUCCCGCGCCGCUGAGCUGACCAGCGGGCACCAGGAAAACACUGUACCCAUGUAUCUUCCAGGACGCGUGAUAAUUAUGUAUCUGAUAGGACUCAGGAUAAUGGUGUGUCUGCCAAGGAUUCCAGAUCACUCUUGUCUUCCAUAAAAUGAGAAAAAAAAAAGGUUACAAAAAUUUGGAAUCCUGAGCUUUCGAGGAUUUGAAAUAUCAUUGCUUAUUUGUCUGGAAUCUGCGCGCCUGAUCUCCCUCUCUAAAAGGUUUAGAAAUUGUAUACCAUUUUGGAAGCUUUCAAUGUCGUCACCGUGCCGAGGGGCCGCGCGAGUCUUGUGCGAGGGUGAGGCUCCCUCGGUGCCCCUCAGCCUCUCAGCCCCUCAAUCCUUAGUCCUUUAACUUCUUUUUCUUCAUCACUACCAGUUGUCCUUCCAUUUCUUGAGUUCCCGAGUCCUUCAGUUCUUUUGUACUUCAACUUUUACGUCCCGCAAUCCUCAGCCCCACAACUCCUCAAAUCUCCUGCUCUUCAUUCCCCGGACCUUUCAAUAUUAAAGUCCCUCAGCUCCUCACCUUAGCUUCCCCGCCCCUCCCAACAUCGUAGCCCCUGUGUCCCUCUCCACACCCGAGCCGUGUCCCGAGAACCCUUGUGUCGCCGCCUCACGUGUGCUGGGCCGUUGCCCGAAUGGCCACUAGGCUCUAUUUUGUUUCCUCUCUUUCUCUCCUUACGAAUGCGCCUUAGGUGUUUGGUGGUUCAGUUUCAAGGCGACGGAGGGUCACCGUCAACACGUGCGGCGCGCCCCUCGAGGCCCUGCGUGUCGCUGCUGUGUUGCGUGCGCCGCGCCGCUGGCAGGGUAUUAAUGUUUACUUUUCAUUUUUUUCAUGUUUGUUGGAUCAAGUCCCUCGUGUCGUAGCGUUAGAAGGAAAAGGUCACAUAGACACGUUUUGUACGCGUGCAUGUUUGAAAGCACGCACACAUCCAUCUACAUGAACUGUCACAAGUUUGUGUAUAAGCGCGCGCGCGCGCACACACACACACACACACACACACACACACACACACACACACACACACACACACGUAGUUCAAUCGCACCUCGGUGCCCAAACCCCUGCGCCGUGAUCCUCGUCCUCUCUUUCCCACAUCUCCCCAUCGCCACCCUCGUCCCUCCCUCCCCCACAUCUCCCCAUCGCCCCCUUCGUCCCUCCCUCAGCGUGGCCUCAGCUGCGGCCGCACGACGACAUGACCGUGUAUGUUAGCAAUAUUAGUCUACGUGCACACCAGGGGCGCCUCUCAGCAGCAGUAACGCGUAGCUUUGCAGUGUCGGGGUCGGGACGGCAGGGAGCAUAGCAGGGACCCCUCAUAUACGCUUUCCUUCACUCCUCCCGUAGCAGGGGUAGGUUAGGGCACAGCCUCUCCUCGCAGGCUCUCAAGGUGCUCAGGAUACACGUGUAGGUUGUCUGUCAUGAACUCCCCUUCACUUGUAGCGUAGCAGCGGCGGAAUUCAAGGGCGGCUACGGCGGCAUAGAGUACAAUGAUAAUUUUCGGCUUACCGUCAGUAGGUCUUGUAGGCAUUGAGGACUCUGCAUCCACUCUCCGCGUCGUGAGCCCCUGGUGGUGCUUUUUUAAAAAUUAAUUUUCUAUUUCAUUUAAUUAAGGAAAGACAUUUUGGAUGUAAACUUUACUACCGUGUGAGGUGAUGUGAUUCUUCCUGAAAGCUGUGCGUGCUGUCAUGACUCAAGGCUUUCCCUGCCCCUCGUCCCGCCUCGCCCACGUGACGUGUGUGUGUGGAAGGGCCGCCGCGGACUGCGUGACACGAGCGGCAAAGUAACAAGUCUUUGCUGUCUUAAGUGAUGUCAUGCUGUUAGGGCUUUUAUACGCACUGGCUUGUUUUAUAUGAAAUCUACACACACACACACACACACACACACACACACACACACACACACACACACACACAUACACACACACACACUGCAAGCAGGUUGAGAUUCGCGCCACACACACUGCAAGCAGGUUGAGGUUCGCGUCCCGCUGAAGUUAUCAAGGUUUUCACUAAUGAGCGAGUUUAGUGUCACUGAGCAAAAGGACUUGAUACACAGUGUAUGUGUCAGCAUUCACCGGGAGAAUAUUGAUGGCUGAUGGUAGAACGCCACGUGAUGCUCAAGACUGUAGUGAAUUAAACACAGACACACACACACACACACACACACACACACACACACACACACACACACACACGUGCCAUCACACCACCCUUGAGCUCAUAAGGCUGCCUGUCUGAGUCUGAGUCCGCCGUGCUGCUUAUGCCUCCAGAAGGGGUGGCGGGAGGGGGGAAAGGGGGGGAGUGCGCGCGUCUGGGAACACGUUUGCUUUGCUCCUGCGGGGCGAGGGAGCCGAGGGAGCCCCUGCCGCCACCCUCAGGGGAGAGAAGACCUUUUAUCUGCUGCCGCUGACCACCGCUUCCUGUCUGCGCUGAUCUGUGUGAUCCUGUGUCUUGUGGCCCCCUCCUGGAGAAGGGGCGACGUGUGUGUGUGUGUGUGUGUGUUAUAUUGUCCGUUACAUAUCUGAGUGCGUGCAAGCCGCUGCUGCACGCCCACACCCACCAUUUGUACGCCUAAGAGCCUGUCACCAAGCAGCAACACGUCUUCACCAGCUUGCAAUGCCAUCCGUUGUCACUCCUUCCGGGGCGGCAGCGACGGGGGGCACGAGGCGAUGGCGGCUGACAGGCACCGCUCAUCCACGGCACAGAUAUCUCCCAGGAGGCUGCGAGGCGUUCAGGGGAGACACGGAGCAUAAACACACGAACAUAAAGACAUUGAGACGCUAAAGUAACAGUGAAAGAAUAAUUGAAGGAGGAGGGAGGUAGGGGUAGGAAGGAAGGAAGGUGGAAGGAGGAGGAGAAGCAAGGGGGUGGAGGAACAGCGGGGGAUGGGACGUACUGCGACACUCUGUAGGGGAGCCACCUCCGUCGCCGCCACCGUGCUGCCCUUAGUCAAUAACACAAGGACGUGUGGAGUCCGUGUUCCCCAUCGCGUCGCCGCCGCCGCCGCCAGGAUGCCGUUGUGUCGCUGUGCUGCUGUGGUGCUGCUCGCGCCGCCACACAGCUGCCGCAUGUUGACUUUGUUCAGUUUUUGGUUUGCGUUCAUUUAGAUUACUACCAUUUUUUAUUCUGUUUAGGUUGACGGUGAGGUUUUCUUUUCCAGUUUAGCUGUAAAUGUGAGGAACAUAACAGAGAGGAAUGCCUGAGACUUACUUAAGUUUGGUGAACCAUCUGGUUCGAUUAGACGAAUUUUGUCUUGAAGUAAGAGUACGGAGUAAAAAUAUAAAUAAAGAA